AUGGACAGCGAGCAGCCGUCUGGUGCUGCCCUUUCAAAGCCCGGCCUUACUGCAGCUUCCCUGGCCGCCUCUUUCAAGCUGGAUGAGGGCUAUUCCGACGACACAAAGAGCCAGCCGGAAAAUGAUGCUGCAGUCGCACAAAGCGAAGAAGCCAUGCUUUUGCCGCAAUGCAUAUUCUCCCAUACCGAAGCGGAGAGAGCCGAACUCGCCUACACCAUCCUGCGCAGCCUGCGAACAAGCACCAUCGCCUCAGUUGUAGACCGACUCACCCCGCGCCUUCACAUGGAUCCCGUAUUCAAGCUCCCGCCAGAAAUCACCGCCGAGGUCUUUGCCUAUCUUGACUUGACCACACUGCUGACCGCGUCGCUGGCCUCGCGGUCCUGGAGGAACCGCAUCUUCGAUUCGCGUCUGUGGAGGGACCUCUAUAUCAGGGAGGGAUGGAGGCUCGAUAUUGACGCAAUCCGCCGCUAUGAACGCUUGCAUUCCGAGCUUGCAUCCCACAACCGGAAAUCCCGCGCGAGGCACGAUGACUCUGACGUAUCUGAACCCCAGCUCAAGAGACGUGUCACCGAAGCAGGCCUCAGUCCUCGAGGGCCUGCAACUCAGGCUCCGCAGCCCAGCUCAUCCUGGAAUGAACAACACCAGCCCGUCGAAGCCGAUGUGCCAGAAUCGCCCCAUGAUGCCGAAGGUGACCGAGAAAUGCGCGACGUCUACUCCGAGGGCCGACCCUUGUCCUCUAUCCCAUCCCCUCCUUCAGCUAAGUCGUCAUCGCUUCUGAUCAGGUCGCCAAAUGGGUCCCCUAAGAUCAACUGGCCUCAUAUUUACAAGCAACGGAGGCGCCUGGAAGACAACUGGUUCAAAGGCCGCUUCACCAAUUUUCAGCUCCCUCAUCCCGCCCAUAUGGAAGAAGCCCAUACCCAGUGUGUCUAUGCCAUUCAGUUUGUGGGCCGAUGGCUAGUGAGUGGGAGCCGUGAUAGGACAGUUCGUGUCUGGGACUUGGACAGUAAACGUUUGUGGCACCCUCCGCUUUUGGGACACAGCACCUCCGUACUCUGCCUUCAGUUUGACCCAAGUCCCGAGGAAGAUUUGAUCAUAUCGGGAGGCAGUGACAAGAAUGUCAUCAUCUGGAAAUUUUCCACUGGUGAAAAGAUUCAAGAACUGCACAAUGCCCACGAAGACUCGGUCCUAAAUCUCAAAUUCGACAAGAGGUAUCUGGUGACAUGCUCCAAGGACAAGCUAAUCAAAGUUUGGAACCGCCGAGAUCUCAGUCCUCUGGAUAAAGACUACCCUACCUUCCACAGGGGCCCCGCUGUCAAAUAUCCCUCGUACAUAAUUGAUACAGCCUUUGUCUCGCCCUCACGUAUAGAAGCAGAGCUAGCAAAUCACCAUAUGAAAUCACUAGAGCCAUUUAGUCUCUUGAUGACUCUAGAUGGGCAUGGUGCCGCAGUCAACGCCAUCCAGAUCAACGACGACGAGAUUGUCUCGGCUUCAGGCGACCGGCUAAUCAAGGUCUGGGGCAUUCGGAACGGAGCUUGUCUAAAAACGUUGAUGGGCCAUACCAAGGGAAUUGCAUGUGUUCAGUUUGACAACCGACGUAUAGUGAGCGGGAGCAACGACGACACGGUCCGAAUCUUCGACCAUUCUUCCAGAGCCGAAGUGGCUUGUCUGGAGGGACAUAGCAAUUUAGUCCGCACCGUGCAAGCAGGAUUCGGCGACCCUCCAGGCGCCGAAGAAGCUCUUCGACUCGAAGCUUUGGCUGUGGACAACGACUACUGGGACGCUCAGCGGUCUGGGAACGUGCCGGACUAUCAACAGCGCUCGUCUCGUAGGACGGCCACCAACCGCAAUGCCGGCUCGCGAAACCCCCGAGACGUCAUGGCACUAGGUGCCCGAAUCCCUCCCGGCGGCGGGGGUAGCAGAUGGGCUCGGAUUGUUUCAGGGUCUUAUGACGAGACUGUUAUUAUCUGGAGGAAGGACCGUGAUGGUAAAUGGCUGGUUAGCCAUCGACUCCGCCAAGCUGAUGCCGUGGUAAACGCAACAGCAACAGCUUUACACCGUGGGCGUGAAGCGGCCAACCGCGCCAUGCUUCGAGCUAUUCCAGCCCUGCACCAUCAACAGGCCAUUCACCCUCCUCCGCAACCUGCUGCUCAGAAUAACAAUACGCCUCCGGCUGGUAAUGCGAAUGGUAACAACAAUGAUAACCAAGGAGUUGGCGGCACAAACACGGCAGCACAACCACAACCACCACCACCACAACAACAACCUCAACCUCAACAACCAAACCAGGCAGCUCCUCCAAACAAUAAUCACGUCCCAAAUCCUCUCGCCGUUCUUCAACAAGCACACGCCCUAAACACACUAGUAGCCCAGACACAGGCCAACAACAACGCUCAACCGGCGCACGCCCACCAAGCGCACCGCCAGGCUCCUCAUAUCCCCAACCCUGGCGUACCGCCUGCCUCCAGGGUUUACAAGCUUCAAUUCGAUGCACGCAAGAUCAUAUGUGCCAGCCAAGACCCGCGCAUCGUCGGCUGGGAUUUUGCCGCGGGCGACGAAGAAAUCAUCGAAGCUUCUCAAUUCUUCUUGGGCUUAUAA